UUGAAGCAGGUGCUAGUGCAAUCGAGCGAGAAGAAAAGUUUGGAGAUAUCUGUGAAGUGAGCAUACGUGCUUGGAAAAGUGAAACAUUCUUGCCACAAGUACCAGUGAAGAUGCAAGGCAGUUGAGCUGGUGAGGGAAAGAUCAAGAAAAACGCCAUUGAAGACUAAAGUUUUGGUAAAAUAUUCAAAGAAGGUUACAGCGAAGAAUUUUAAACAACCAUGGGUGCCGACUCGCACACGAAAACGAUCACAUGUUCCAAGACGGCCGAACUGAUCGACGCGACCAUGCCCCCGCAGAACAAAGGCCAGUCCAGCUCCGCCGUCACCACCACCUCCUCCACUGGAAUCCUACCCAGUCUGACCGAACUGCGCGAAGAGCUGGUCAGCAACGAUUCCACGCUAGACGCCCAGCAGUUCCAGAAGCAGUUCCUGUCCAACUGCAACGGCAUCGCGCACGAAACCGAGGUGGACAAGAAGCUGCGCCAAAUCGGUUCCCACACGCCGAUCCUGCCGUCGGAAAUCGGCACCGACUUUAACUUUAAGCGGGGGAUCGUCUGGAAGAAUGUGAUAGGCUUCGCGGCGUUGCACGUGUGCGGAGUCAUCGGACUGCAUCUGGCCUUCUGGCAGUACUGCGACUGGCGGACGACGCUGUACAGUAUCUGGCUGAUGUACAUGUCCGGCCAGGGCGUCACCAUGGGCGCCCAUCGCCUGUGGGCCCACAAGGCGUUCAAGGCGAAGCUGUGGCUCCGGGUGGUGCUCCUCUGGCUGCACACCCUCGCCGGCCAGAACUGCCUGUACGUGUGGGUCCGCGACCACCGGCAGCACCACAAGUACUCCGACACGGACGCCGAUCCGCACAACGCUAACCGGGGCUUUUUCUUCUCCCACAUCGGCUGGCUGCUGUCCCGAAAGCACCCGAAGGUCAUCGAGUACGGAAAGAAGAUCGACAUGUCCGACCUUGAGGCUGAUCCGUGGAUUAUGUUCCAGAAAAGACACUACAAACUCCUCUACACCAUCUUCGCCCUGUUCGGGCCAACAUCGAUCCCGGUGCUGUUCUGGGGUGAGAGCCCCUGGUACGCCCUGUUUGUGGCCUUCUUCUUCCGUACCAUUCUCAGCCUGAACGGCACCUGGUCGGUCAACAGCGCGGCUCACAUGUUCGGAACGCGACCCUACGACAAGACGAUCUGGCCGGUUGAGAACAUGUUCGUGUCGUUUGUGGCGAUGGGCGAGGGCUGGCACAACUACCAUCACGCCUUCCCGUGGGACUACCGAGCGUCGGAGUACGGCACGCCACUUAACCUGACCGGAGUGCUGAUCGAUUUCCUCGCCAAGCACGGACACAUCUGGGACCGCAAGACUGCGACGUCCAACAUGGUCAAAACCCGUCUGCUGCGCACCGGCGACAAAUCCCACCACACGUACGGAACGGACGAAGGCCGCAAGGCGUUCAAAACACUGUGGAACAUAUGGCGCCAUCCGACCAACCCCACGUACACCUCGAUCUACACGCCCAAGCCGAAGAUCAUCCAGAGCGAUGGCUACGCGCUGGUCGAGGACGAGCUCAAAAAGUCCGAGAUGGACGACGACAUCCUGAAGCGGGAAGCGGACGAGCUGCUGCGGCGCCAGAAGGAGGAGGAAAGCCAGAAGACUGAAGCGAACAAAAUCUACACCAAACUGUCGCAGUACAUCAAGGAGCAGCAGCAGGAGCUGCCCGGGGAGCUGGCGCAGCAGGCCAACAACAAUCAGGCCGUCAACGGCAAGGCCAAGCUGAACAUUGACGGAAACCAGAAUGUGAUACAGCGAAAGAUCACCGUUCAGUGAGGUGUAAUGGAAGGUGCAUGGAGAAUCAUUGCAUUGGAUUCUAAUAUGUUUUUGUUAGAAAGAUCUAAAGCAUUAACAAACAAACUAUUUCUCUCGAUAACUGUCUAGGAUUAAGCUCUUUCUAGUAUAAACUGUAAAGCCUGGUUUGCUCAAAAGGGCUGGUUUGAAUCAGCAUUUCUGUAUCAAUGUGAUUAUUAAUGUUAGUGGAAGAUAAUGUAGAUUCCAAAUUUCCAAUUCUGUGCAGUUUGGUGCAAAGUUAUCACAUUCUAUGAUUCACAAUCCUAUGUAACUUAAAAUUAGUUGUGGUAGAACAACUUUGCUUUGGCACUGUGACAACUUGGAGUUAGGAAAGAUACCUCUGCAGCGAGACUUGCUGGAAGUUUCCAUCUAUUUUAUGUCGAAACCAGAUUGGGAAUGCUACAAACAGCCAAAUAAAUUUGCUUUUUAUGUAAA